UUUAAAUGUUGCAACUUUAUAGAUUCAGAAUUAUAUUCAUGCAUAGAACACUGAAGUGAUUUAUACGAUGGGAUUGGAAAAUACGUCAAAAUUUAAGGUUAUAAGUUCAAAAUCGGGAAAACGAAUGAAAAAAAACUAUAAAUCGGGAGAUAAAAUAGAUAACAAUGUUGAUACCUUUGCAUGUGAUACUAAUCAAGUGGAAAACGUGAAUAAGCGGAACAUGAAACGUAAAAGACAAAAUAAAAAAAGAAGAAACAACAUUAAUGAUAACAUUGAUGAAAAUAUAAUUAAAGAUGACAAAGAGGAGAAUGUCUAUACUGAGAUAAAAGAGAAUCAGGAUGUAGAAGACACGAAGAGCGAUGAAGAAUCAUCACCAAACAAGAAAGCAAAUAUAGAUACAACAAAUGGUUUAAAUGGUACAGAAGAAAUUUAUAAAAAUAACUCAAAAACUCCAAGACAGCCUUCUAAAAGACAAUUAAAAAAACAAAAAGCUGAGCAAAGAAAGGAUAAAAACAGGAUGGCCAGUAGAAUUGAAGCAAUGACGAAAGGACUUAAUUAUGUUUCAAAGUGGAAAUAUGCACGAAGUGAAUGGAAGUUUGAAAAGAUAAGACAAAUUUGGUUAAUUGACAAUUUGCUAGAUGAAGCUUAUAUUCCAGAUGACAUUUUUCCAAUAGUUUUAGAAUAUUUUGAAGGAUGUAAAGGAAUGGCUCGAGAACUACUUUUAAGGAAAGGCUUGGAUGUUGUAAGGAAAGUAGAAAAUGAACGAAAUAAAGACGAGGUAGAAUCUGUUGCUUAUCAAAGGGCAAGAAAACUUCUACAAGCUUUACCUACCGAAACCUAAAUAAUCUGAAGUUAUACUUAAAACCUAUCAACUAGUUCAUACUUUUAGUGAAAUUUAUUUUACAUUUUGAAAUUUAUUUUACAUUUUUUUUAUACAUUAUCCCAACUAUUUGUUUUUUUAUUCGCGAAAUAGAUAUAUCAAAUUUUUGUAAAUAAUUAAACAAUUAAAUUUUAUCUGUUUAUUAUAUUAAAAACAAUUUAUUUCACAUAUAUAUAUGAGAAGCUUACAAUUGGUUUAUUCUGGAGAUAUAUAUAAAUAAAAAGUUAUACUGUAUUAUA